GGCGGCGACUUAACAAAUGAUGUGCACGAGGCACCGGGUCGAGGCUUUAUAAACGCGGUGAGCACCGGGACCAAGAGUAUACAGCCGAACUCUCCAGACCCUGCACGGUAUCUCAGCUCCGGGACUCGUCGCCAUCUCUCCCGUCUCCUCUUCCAGAGCUGGAAAGAAGAAUAAAAAACUACACAAAAAGCUCCAACAUGAACGGCCACUUCAACGAGCUCAUCAUCGACACCAAGAAGUCCGCCGUGAACCGCAAGCACGAGACGUCCCGCAUAGAGGACGAGGAGGUGUCGCGCCAUGCGCUCGAGGCCGCCUACACCAGCAUCCUGCGGGAGCUCGGGGAGGACACGAGCCGGCAGGGGCUGCUGCGCACGCCGCUGCGCGCAGCCAAGGCCAUGCAGUUCCUGACCAAGGGCUACCACGAGAACAUCGAGGACGUCUUAAACAACGCCAUAUUUGAUGAAGACCACGAUGAGAUGGUGAUCGUGAAGAACAUAGAUGUGUUUUCACUGUGUGAACAUCACCUGGUCCCCUUUUUUGGCAAGGUUCACAUCGGAUAUAUUCCCAACAAAAAAGUGGUGGGACUGAGCAAGCUGGCAAGGAUUGUGGAGAUCUUCAGUCGGAGGCUUCAAGUUCAGGAGCGUCUAACCAAGCAGAUUGCCAUGGGAAUAUCCGAGGCUCUGGAGCCAAAAGGUGUAGCUGUGGUAAUUGAAGCAGCGCACAUGUGUAUGGUCAUGCGUGGUGUGCAGAAGAUGAACAGCCGCACAGUGACGAGCACCAUGUUGGGAGUUUACCUGGAGGACCCCAAAACCAGGGAGGAGUUCCUGACUCUGUCCAAGAGCGUCUAACGAAUGUCAUUCCCUCCAAGGCCUUUGUGGCACACGCAAAGCUCCAGAGGAGCAGUCGAUCUGCAUCUGACACAUACAAACCAAUAGCAGGAAA